CUAUUUCCGUGCUCUUAACGUCGAUAGAAAAAUGACUUUUAUCGACUACGUAUGAGCUUAACUGCUCAUCACUAGUAAACCAGUUUUAAAAUGUCAUUGACUUCGGUGGUAGGAGGUAGACGUCUGCAAGUCCGUAAUGCAUUUAAAAUGAACUCGUAGCAAACACUGCCCGUUAUUCGCCUCGAGCUAUCAAACAAAUUUAACACUACAUUAAGAUUUAAAUAGCAUUAGAUUUGUUAUAUCGUCGCGAGAGUUAACACGUAAAAAUGGUGAUUGAAAAAAUUUGCUGCCUCGGCGCUGGCUACGUUGGAGGCCCAACUUGCAGUGUGAUUGCGUGGAAAUGUCCCGAUAUUAAAGUAACUGUAUGUGACAAAAGUAUUGAACGUAUUAACCAGUGGAAUUCUGACAAAUUACCAAUCUACGAGCCGGGUCUUGAUGAAGUAGUAAAAGAGUGCAGAGGAAAAAACUUGUUCUUUUCUACAGAUAUUGCAAAUAGCAUUCAAGAGGCUGACUUGAUAUUUAUUUCUGUAAAUACUCCGACAAAAACCAUAGGAAAUGGCAAGGGUAGAGCCGCUGAUUUGAAGUAUAUUGAGGGCGCGGCACGAAUGAUAGCCGAUUUAGCCACCAGUAACAAAAUUGUGGUUGAAAAGAGUACGGUACCAGUAAAAGCUGCUGAGAUUAUUAUGAAAAUACUUCGUGCCAAUACAAAACCUGGGGUAGAGUAUCAAAUUCUGUCUAACCCAGAGUUUCUUGCAGAAGGCACUGCUAUUGUAGAUUUAGUUGAAUCAGAGAGGGUGCUUAUUGGUGGUGAAGACACUCCUGAAGGCCAGAAAGCUGUUCAGGCACUUUGUUGGGUGUAUGAACAUUGGAUCCCAGCCAAGAAUAUUCUAACUACAAACACAUGGAGCUCUGAGCUAUCAAAAUUAGCUGCUAAUGCAUUUUUAGCUCAAAGAAUAUCUAGUAUUAAUUCUCUAUCAGCUGUGUGUGAAGCAACUGGUGCUGAUGUAUCUGAAGUAGCAAGAGCAGUUGGCCGUGACUCAAGAAUAGGUCCAAAGUUCCUAGAAGCAUCUAUUGGCUUUGGUGGUAGUUGUUUCCAAAAAGAUAUACUUAACUUAAUAUACUUAUCAGAAUGUUUAAACCUGCCAGAAGUUGCUGCUUAUUGGCAGCAAGUUGUUAGUUUUAAUGAUUACCAGAAAAACCGUUUUACAAGAAAAGUUAUUGAGUCACUUUUUAACACAGUCUCAGACAAGAACAUUGCUAUACUUGGCUUUUCAUUCAAGAAAAAUACAGGUGAUACAAGAGAAUCACCAGCAAUUUGUGUAUCAAAGACAUUAUUAGAUGAAGGAGCAAAACUACAUAUCUAUGAUCCUAAGGUGGAAACUGACCAGAUAUACUAUGAGUUGACCCAUCCGCAAGUAACAAAUGAGCCAGAAGUCGUAAGGAAAAACAUAGAGAUACACAACUCUGCCUAUUCAGCCGUAACUGGUGCUCAUGCUAUAGUUCUAUGUACUGAAUGGGAUGAAUUCAAAGAAUUAGACUUUAAAAAAAUAUACAAUGUAAUGAUGAAGCCAGCCUACAUUUUUGAUGGACGGAAGAUCUUAGAUCAUGAAGCAUUAAUAAACAUUGGUUUCCAUGUGCAAACAAUUGGCAAGCGUUUGUCAAGAACAAGCAGUAUUAGGGCACAAGGCAGUCAGACAUUACCUUAGAGUUCUAAACAUCUUCGCACCCCUGAAAUAAGUUAUUCAAGAUUCAAGCAGACACAUUUAGAUGAUCUAUGGUUCAAUUUCGUACGUUAAAUCUUUGAUAAUAUGUGCGGAAAGCGAACACAUUUGGCGGCUAUAAAAUUUCAUAAAAUAAUAUUACUAUUAUAAAAAAUAUCGUUACAGUACGAAGGUACUUUUUUCGCAUAGACUACUGUAUUAUGUGUACUUAUAACUGUCAGUAACAUUAACAAUGUGAAAGUCUUCAAUUUUAUCUUAUCUGUUUAUUAACCGUCAUUUGUUGAAUAUAUACUUACUACCUAGUAGGAGGGCCAUGCUGUUUCCUUCGGGCUUUAGCCUGGCAGGCACGACCGGUAGUACUACUGUCUAUCUAAAAACGCGUGAAGUGAUGCAAUAGGUUCGCCUUAUUGUACUCGCAUAUCGUGCGAUGAGAGAGAUACUCUGAGCCUAUCCCCCCUCCCCAUAAAAUAUCAAGGUGAGGAUAAAAAAUAAUGUCUACGCAGGGUAUAGACAUCGCUGGGUGUUUGUCUAUUAUAAUGUAACAUGUGUUCGUUCAGAAAUUAAUUAUAUUAUAUAACUUUCCAGUAGACAUGAUUAUUUCAAUAAAUUAUGUGACAAAAAAUCAAUAAUAUAGUUAAUAUAAGUGUAAUGUUAAAUUUAAUGUACAUCUAACCAGUGACGCAAACCGGCCCAUAUCUGUCAUUGUAAGUAACGAAUGGACAGGUGAUACAUUCUUUAGCUAUUACUUUUACUAUACUUAACAAAAAUAUUGAAACGUUGAGUCAAAUCAAAACAUACUCAUUGUAAACAUUCAUUUAUUAUUAGUAAUAUGACAAAUAAGUAUUAUUAUAACUUGACCGGUAUUUUUUUAUUGAAUUAAAUAAAUAUUGGUCGAUUUAAGCUUUAGUUUAAGAAGCUUUAAGUAUUAAUUGGAAAACCAGUUUCUGUAUUAAAUAAGUGCGAUUCAAAUUCGUACCAAAACUCUUAAUAUAUCUCAAUUAUUUAGUUCAUAGCAAGAUUACAGAAAAGUGUAUAUUCUAUUAAAUCUUUCUUACAUGUCAAAGUCCAAAUUGACUUUUCUUAUUUGCAUUUUGACAGACUAGAAAUGGCGGCUUUAGCAGUUUGUCAAUUAAAAAAAAAUCUACUUUAAGCUUAAGUUUGGUUGCUACUAAUGCUGAAUGAAGAAUCUUAGAGAUUAUUAUAUUUUCUUCUCCAUUUAUUUUACUAAAAAAUGUAUAUUGACUGGUAUUACAAUUGUUUUUCACGGAUGACAUUUUAAAAAUGUCAAUGUUCAACCUUGCCUAUCGAAUGUAUUUAUGUUAUUAUUUUUCAGAUAAUUGUUUGAAUUACAUUUGUACUUUUAUUUGUCACGAAUGUAUGAAUGUCAUUGUACAGGUAGCAGAUUCAAUAAUUUAGCUACAAUUAAGGUAUAAUCAAAUUACACAACUAUUUUAAAGUGUAUUUUAUUAAACAU